GCAGCGCUUCUCGCGCAUGCGCUGUCUGCAGUCUCUGGUCAUCACCUGUACUGUCUGCAGUCUCUGGUCAUCUCCUGUACUGUCUGCAGUCUCUGGUCAUCCCCUGUACUGUCUGCAGUCUCUGGUCAUCCCCUGUACUGUCUGCAGUCUCUGGUCAUCCCCUGUACUGUCUGCAGUCUCUGGUCAUCGCCCUGUGUCCGCAGUCUCUGGUCAUCUCCUGUCGUGUCCGCAGUCUCUGGUCAUCGCCUGUACUGUGUCCGCAGUCUCUGGUCAUCUCCUGUACCGUGUCCGCAGUCUCUGCUCAUCUCCUGUACCGUGUCCGCAGUCUCUGCUCAUCUCCUGUACCGUGUCCGCAGUCUCUGCUCAUCUCCUGUACCGUGUCCGCAGUCUCUGGUCAUCUCCUGUACGUGUCCGCAGUCUCUGGUCAUCUCCUGUACUGUGUCCACAGUCUCUGGUCAUCUCCUGUACUGUGUCCGCAGUCUCUGGUCAUCUCCUGUACUGUGUCCGCAGUCUCUGGUCAUCUCCU